AUGGCUCGUAUCUUGGGAUCGCGCAUGACACGAAGUCAAAGCCGAGAAGCGAGUAUCGUCGCAAACAAGGCAUCCAAUGUUGGAUCAUUUGGCAAAAGUUGGCUGAGCGGCCUGACGGAGGAGCCUUCGACUCCUGCUUCAGGGUUCAUCGUACCCAGGCAAGUGAUACCAGAGUCACCUGAAAACCAUGAAGGUCAUACCAAUGUCUCUGGUACAACCUUGGGUCACAAUGAUGUGGAGCCCAGUGAUUCUCAAGCUGCCGAUAAAAUAGAGGCCCAUCUCCCGUUCAUCCAACAACAAGCGACCUUUGUCAUGACUCUUUUGGUUCCCCCAGGAUUGAACCCGGACACUCUGGCAGUUGAAGCAAGAAAGCUCAGCGACUCCAAACACCCACAUCGUAAACGUUUGAGGCGAUCCAUCGAAGGGUUGACAGAUGAACUGGAAGACUCGCCGCUCUCUCGGGAUGGCAAGUCCUUCUUGGACAUCUCUCAAGCUCGUCGUUUGCUUUCAUCCACUCAGUUAGAUGCAGCCAUUCCACAUCUGCACAUGACAAAUUGUGCUUUGUUGACCCUCAAUGUCUUUCUUCCCAGCAUGGGUACCAAGUCCCACUCGGAAUUCAUUCAGGAACUAGAUGCCCAAUUUCCCGCGUGUACUAUGGAUAGCUUUGCAGAUGACUCCAGCUCCAGAGAUAUUGGCGCUAGCAUUACCAGUGAAGCUACCUUCACUUUGGCCUUGAACAUUCGCACGCAGUUCUUCAUCAUGGAAUUGGACAGGCGUCAGCAGGAGCAUGACUUCAGUCCCUUCUCCAUUCUGAGACAGGUUUUUGCUAUGGACCUCACGCCCAAUGAGAAUGACUCUCAAGAUUCCCCUAGCUCCUUCCGUGGGUUCAACUUGCCAGGUAUCCUGCAGGAUGAUGAUGGGCAUCUCCCCGAGCAUCUCCCUGAAAAGUUCCUUAUUGCCGUGGGCGACCGGUAUAACGAUCUCCAGGAAGAACUCUCCGAGUGGGAUUCUGUCGAUAUUGAUGGAUUGAGAAAGGCAUAUCGGUGGCGUUCAUUCGAACGAGAUCUUGCACGCUGGGUUUGCACUCGUGAGAAAGAGAUCAAGGAUGACAUCAGACGCCUAUCAGAAAAGCAGGUGCAUAACUCACCUGGAAGCCGUCGCCUUACUUCCGUGCCAGCGGGCACUCCUAAUCGGCGCCAAUUAUCGACAGUACCUCCCAGCACUGAGGUCCGUCGCCAGACACCCUCGGUCCAAAAGACUCUUUCCCCUCGGAAAGAAAGAUUGGUGAACACAGCACCUGUGGUAGAUGAAACACCUGAACACGAUGUUCCUCCGCCAGAAACCGCGCCUAAAAAUGUUACUGAGCAAGGUAGUCCCAAGAAAGUCAAACAGCCGGUCACAAACGAUCCCAGUCGGCGCAAAUCCUUAAGCAAUUACCGAAACGCGGCUUCACUCGCGGCGCUCAAGAGGCGCCAGGAUACUAGUAUUCAACAAUCUUUUCCUGACGCCGAGUCGCAAGGCUCAAUUAUCUCCGCGAGCACCAGUAUUGUGGACCAGGCGGGUGUCCCUGGUUCCUCCGCUGAUAACAGGCCAAUCGCGGCUCAAGAGAUUCAACAAUCCCCUGACCUGAGAUAUCCAGACAUCGGGGAUGAGACUACAUAUGUAAACAAUGAUGAGGACCUGGACCUCGGCCAAGACGGAGAAAGCGACAUGGUGACAUCAACGAGCCCACCAGCUUCUGCUCGUAUUGAACGAGUUAGCCACAACCCCCGAUUCUUCGAUUCCCCGAGAAACGCAGAUUCGCAGCGAUCAAACAAGGAGCGCUCUGCGGCAAAUAAAACCGUCCCGGCCGCUCGGCGCUUCCUCGAUAAGCAGAAAAAUGCUAGAGUUGUGUCGCCGAUUAGCCAGUUUGAUUCUCAAGGCGCAACAAAGCACCACACUGUGCUUGGGAAGCGAGCUCGAGUUGAUGCAAGCCCCAGCGACGAGUCAGAUGAUGAGUUUGAAGAAGAUACUCACGAGAUUGAUCCCAGGCGUAGGGUCGAAAAGCCCACGCAGAGUUUACCUGUCGCGAAGCGACAGCGUCUACAGGACGAUGCGGAGUCUGGCUUAGGACGGUGGUUGCAAUCGAGCCGCAAUGGAUCAGGCAACGAAUCAAGUCAACAUCAGAAUUCUACACAAGUGGGCCGCAGGGCCCCAACAGUUGAAAGUACCGAUGUCACUGAUGAAGACGUCGCCCCUGAGCCGCUCGCUGCACCACCCAGUUCUCAAAGUCGCUGGGCACAGGCCAAUACCCAUGCUGCGAGCCACAACCAUUUAACUCAGAAGGCACACCAUCGAUGGACUGAUGAAGAAGAUGAACGUCUGAUCUACCUCAUGGGAAUCUGGGGCACUUCUUUUGCCACCAUCAAAAAGCAAGACGGCAGUUGUCCUGCAACUGAUGGUGGACCCUUGCUUGAGCGUCGCUCACAAAUCAAUUGCAAAGACCGUGCUCGCAAUCUGAAGAGGAAAUAUCUCAGAGAGGGCCGGCCACUUCCUCCUGGCCUCGAUAAAUCGACUGGUUGA